CUUGCUACUCUGGGUUUGCCAAACUGAACACUUAAACUCCCCCCUGAUAAAUUCCCAAUUUGACAGUUUCUUCUUCCUUGAAUUCGUCGGUUACUCUGCCAAAUUAAUGAUGUCGUCGGAGAGAAACAAAUCCGGUGGAGCAUCAGUCAUCCGGAGUAGUUUUCAGCGAUCAAUUUCACCGUCCGGUAGGUUUUGUUCCUCCACAAUCUCAUCGUCUUCAUCUGCUUUUACUUCUUCCAUGUCUGGUUUCUCUUCCUCGACCAGAUCCACGUCGCCAUCGAGAAUCAGCGUUCGUUCCGGUUACACGUCAUCAUCCCCGUCGGUUCGGUUUUCGAUCGGUCAUCGUCACUCGUCUCCUGGUCGUUCGGUUGCGGCGUCGUCUUCGCCGAGAAACGUGAAUCGGCGUUGUGAUCGUAAUAACAAUACGAAUAAGGCGUGGAGUCAUGGAUCGAAGAAGACGUGUCUCUGCUCGCCGACGACGCAUCCUGGAUCGUUUCGGUGUAGUUUGCACAAGAACUCGAGUACAAGAAAUGGUAACGGUAGUCACGACAGUAUGGCGUCGUAUCACUCGCACAGAUUGUACGCUCGGAGAUCGGCAAUGACGAAUUCGCUUGUGAGAAUUGGAACUGUGGAAGGUGAUCUGGUGAAGAGAGCGUUGGCGGCAUUGAUUCGUCCGUCGUCUCACCAGCAGAGACGGCGGAGUGACUUCCAACCAAGGCCUAGUCGGCUCUCCGUUAUGUCCAAAGCCGGUGAUUGAUUCUGCCACCUCUGGUACAAUCACAAACACAAAUGACAAAUCACAAUCCACAACCAAUUUUGUAGAUCAUUUUGAUCUUGUCAGAUGAGCUCUUUUUUUCAUAUGUAGGCUCACCAAUUCCCAUUGUAGAUACAUAUGAAAGAAUGGUGGCGUGAGUCUCCUUGAAUUAACUGGAGAUUCACAUUUAGACUACUGUAAAUACCUUAAACAAGAAUUUUCAGGUUUCAAAUGGA